CAGUUUUGUAGGAUGAAGGUUCCCGUGCUUGUGACAAUUUUCGCGCUGACAGCUACGGCUGCACCAUUCGAUGACGACGAUAGUGAUGUGAAUGGUUGGUACAUACCAAAAAUUGACGGUUCCCUCGUCUGGACAACCAUUGAGGAGGGUGAAAAUCUGUUGACCGAAUUGGAAAAGAAGGAACGGGUCCUACCACGCGCUUUCAGCCUCUCACCAGUCGACUACUAUCUCUACACCAAGAGCAAUCCAUAUGUUGCCCAAAAGAUCACUGCUAACCAGAAGUCCAUCUCUAGUUCCAACUUCAAUGCGACCAAUCCAACACGCCUUCUUAUACACGGUUGGACUCAGGACUAUAAAGCCGAUAUGAACACCUUGAUUCGUGAUGCUUGGCUAAGCCGUGGUGACUACAAUAUCAUUGCCGUGGAUUGGGCACGCGCGCGUUCCAUUGAUUAUAUUUCAUCCGUUCUUGCUGUGCCCGGUGUGGGUAAGAAGAUUGCCGGCAUGAUUGAUUAUUUGUCACGUAAUCAGAGCAUGAGUUUGAAUACUUUGGAAGUGAUUGGCCACAGUUUGGGCGCACAAGCAGCCGGUUAUGUUGGCAAGAAUGUUGGCGCUGGUAAAAUUCACAUCAUUGUCGGUUUGGACCCCGCACUGCCGCUCUUUAGUUGGAACAAACCCAACCAUCGUCUCAACAGCAAUGAUGCUCAAUAUGUCGAAUCGAUUCAGACUAAUGGCGGUAAAUUGGGUUUCUUGAAACCAAUCGGUAAGGGCGCCUUCUACCCUAACGGGGGUAGGAAACAACCUGGUUGUGGCAUUGAUUUGACCGGUUCAUGUAGUCAUGGCCGUUCCUAUGUAUAUUACGCAGAGGCUGUGCGUAAAAAUAACUUCCCCUCCAUACGUUGCGCUGACUAUGAAGAUGCCGUCAACAAGAGUUGCGGUAGUACGUACAGUGGUGUGAAAAUGGGCGCCGUCUACAAUUACGAACUCGCCAAUGGGGAUUACUAUGUGCCAGUGCGUAGUACUGCUCCCUAUGGUUAUGGUAAUUAAGUGAUUUUUGUAAGAUCAGAUGACGAAUUUGGACUUAGAAAGAAAAUAUUUUAUUUUAAAA